GAAAUUUCAAAAGGGUUGGAAGAAAAUACUAUGAUAAUUGCAUUUACAACAUUUUUUCUAUACGUCGAUUUUAAAACUACUUCAUUUUUUUAUAAUUUAUGACCGAGAUUGUACCGUUUCUUAAAUUAAUCCAUUGUAUUUCUAAAUGGCGCAUUAAGUCCUGUGUUUCCAUAGCAACCAGUUUGAAUUUUACUGACCUCUUUGAUAUUCGUUAAAUGUUUAUGGAAUUUAUUUGUAGUAUUUUUGUGUAUUAUAUUACGAUACGAUGCAGUCAUCCGUAAAUUUUGAUACUCGAAUUAUAUUAAAUAUAAAAGAAGGUAAGGGUUUUGAAGAAAUUUCACUGCCCAUGUUAAUCAUUGCAACACUCAAUGGACAUUCUUUAGAAACUGAAAUUAUAGAACCAGACCCUAAUCCUCAAUACAAUUAUGAUUUGGUAUGGGAACUUGAUGAAAAGAAAGUACGAAAAAUGAGAUCUGGGCAAGUUCCGUUAAAGAUAGAGUAUUUUGCUGUUAAAAGUGUAGAAUGCAAAGAAAAAUUAGGGUACCUCCUACUUAAUUUACGAUCUGCACAAGUUAUUUCUAAAAAUACUGAUUCUGUUGUAUCAGCUAAUUGGCAUAAAUUAGUAGGGUCCAGAGGUCAUUUUAAAAUGCAUAAACCUGAAUUACUUUUGGCUUUAAGUGUUUGUUAUAGAGAACCUGCAACAUUAAAUUCCAAGUUGGAGUUAAAAGAUAGAGAAUUAUAUCAACAAACAACUGAAUCUUCUAAAAUAGUUCCAGUUUUGCUUCAUGAUGAACGUCUUAUACAAUUGGGUCCUAUAAAUACUUGUUAUGAAUUAUUUUUAUUGAGUAUCAAAGCUAUAUCUGCAAUGAAUUUACAUUCAUUGUUACCAACAAAUUGCACAGAUAUAAACAAUGAUUUGUAUUUUUGGUGUAAACUAUUAGAAAAUGAUAUGUACUUUAAUCGACCUAAAAAAGAUUGUGGAGACCUUUGGGUGCUUAAUGAGAAAAUUGUAAUAAGGAUCAGAAGUUCAUUAAGAGUCCUGAAAGAUUAUUUAGAGUUAAAACCUUUUUUGUUUAUAUAUCUGAAAUAUAAAGAAGAUAUUUUGGGUGAAUCAGAAGUAAAUUUACAACCGCUAGUUCCUACUGAUAGUAUUGAAGAAUUUCUCAAAAACACAGAAAGUAGUAGCAGUAUUUUACAACAACGAUGUUACUUGCGCAAAAAAAAUGAAAUUGAUGAUGCAAAAGCUAGAAAUUCAUAUCUUGAUUUGCAGCUAAAAUUGCAAUAUGCAGGAGGUAAUACAGAUGUAGUAACAGAGACUGCUAAUACUAUGAUCAGUGAUUCUCUUGUUCCUAAUUCCAUGAAAGAACUGAAAACUAAUUUAAAUCAAAUAAAAUCGCAUGCAAGUGAAAUAGAUUGCCACAGAAAUCCUGCAGGUGAUUUUGGAAAAUAUUCCACAGAUGCUCCAUUGGUUAACUUUACAAAUAAAUAUAACAAUAUAAAUAAACCAUCUCUAAAUUGUGAAUUUAACAAAAAACAGUUCAUUGAGACUGCAUGUUCACAAUCAACUGAUGUACUGCCCUCUAAUAUUAAUGACUACUCUAAUAGUGUAGAAGCAUACCACUGUUAUUGUUUAAAUAUUCGAUUUAUAGCAAUCAAAUUAAGAUCUCCUGUGCUAGUGACAAAAGCUGCAGAAAUUCGACUUCACCACCCAAAAACUGAAAUUGUAUCAACAUUUUAUCCCAACAUACCAUUUUCUUUGGGAGAGAAAAUAAAGUUACAAGAUAUAGGAUGUAAAUUACAUUUUAUAUCAGCAAUAGAUGAAAUUAAACAGUUAUUGCUAUCUUUUCCACCAAAAAUCACUAUACAUAAAGAAGAAGGAAAUUCGAAAAUAUGUAUAUGCCAAAGUAUAGUUGAUAUUAAACAAUUAUUCUAUCAAAAUAAGGCUGAAUACUUAUGUGAUGUACCAUUAUAUGAUAUGGAACAAAAUAUUGUUGGCAAUUUAGACGUUCUACUAAAUUUAGAGGAUUGUGGUCCAUAUUAUAGAAUUGGAAAAAAUGCACAAAGUGAAUAUUUAGGACCUCCUAUUUUAGAUGAUAGUUUAGCUUAUAAAAUAGUUGAUGAGUUAGAAACGUGGAAAGAAAGACAAAUGGAAAUAUUUAAAGUUGAGUUAAAAAGAAAGGAAGAUCGUCAUUUAAAUUUACUGAGUCAAGAAUGGCAAAAACAUAAAGAAAAUUUGGAAGCAAAACUUGCUUGUAGUGUUAAUCAAUGUAAAAUGCUUGCAAAUAGUUUAAGUAAUGCUACAGAAGAUUUAAAAACACGAAGAUUAAAAAGUCUUGAAAAGGAAACUAAAUUGGUGAAAGCAAACGAAGAUUUACAGUGUAGAUAUGAAUCAACCAUAAAAAAACUUAAAGAAUCAUUUCAUUCAAUGCAAGAAGAACUUACAACAAAGAUCGACAUUCUUGAGAAGAAAAAAACAACUCUAGAAGCACAAAUUGAUCAACUAAGUAAUGAAAAUGAAAGAUUACAACUGACUGUAAUGAAGCAGUCUGAAGAAUUAGAAAGUUAUCAGAAAGGUUCUUUAACACAAGAUCAAACUACAAACUUAUUACUAGAAUUAAAAAUUCUUGAAGAAAAAUUACAAAAUGCACAAGAAAAUAAAUCUUUUUUCAAAGAACAAUGGGCCAAGGCAGUUCGUGAAAUGCACUGCAUGAGAAGAGAAUUUCAAGAAGCUAGACAAGUUCAAAUAAAAAGCAGUAAGGAACAAUUGCAAAACUUGGAUUUAGAGGAGAUACUGUCUGCAGAUUCUAAUGCCUUGACUAACGACCAAGUUUUAUUGAGCGAAAUUCAAAAAGAAAUUGACGUUAUUAAACCCAAAUCAUCCUUUACUGACAAAGGCGUGUAUUGUCAAGUAUUUACACCAACUUCGGUAGAUUCGAAAAUUAUGCCGAACAGUAAUAAAAGUACAUUAAAGAAAUCGGAGGAAUAUGAUAAACGACUUCAAGCGUUACUAGAAGAACGUAAUUCUCUUCUAAAAACAGGAAGUUAUACAAUCGAUGAUACAGUUAUUAUGAAAUUAAAUGCAGAGAUAAGGUCUUUAAUGAUGAAGUAAUUACAUAUUUUUUUUAUAUGUAAUAUAUUACGAAAUAUAUCUUUAUUAACUAA